AUGGGUCGCAUGCACAGCAAUGGCAAGGGCCUGAGCCGGUCGGUGGCUCCCUACCGCCGCUCCUCCCCGGCCUGGCUGAAGAUCACCAGCGCCGAGGUGGACGACCUCAUCACCAAGUUCGCCAAGAAGGGGCUGACCCCCUCCCAGAUCGGCGUGCUGCUGCGCGACAGCCACGGUGUCGCCCAGGUCAAGUCCGUGACCGGCAACCAGAUCCUGCGCAUCCUGAAGGCCCACGGCCUGGCCCCCGAGAUCCCCGAGGACCUUUAUCACCUCAUCAAGAAGGCGGUGGCCAUGCGCAAGCACUUGGACGUCAACCGCAAGGACAAGGACGGCAAGUUCCACCUGAUUCUGGUGGAGUCCCGCAUCCACCGCCUGGCCCGGUACUACAAGAAGACGAGGAAGCUGCCUCCCAACUGGAGGUACGAGUCCUCCACCGCCUCCGCCCUGGUCCAGGGCUGA